AUGUCAACAGUAUAUGAUCCUGAUUUAGAAUCUAGGGUAAAAAAAGGAACUGAACGAAUUUCAGAAAAUAUGCAUAUUAUAGCUAAUGAGCCUUCCUUGGCAUUUUAUCGUUUACAAGAACAUGUUAGAAAAGCAAUGCCAGGAAUGGUUCAGAAAAGAGUAGAAGUUACAGCUCUUCAUCAAGAUUUGCAAGGUUGUUGUUAUGAUGUGGAAUAUGCUUUAAGUGCUGUUAAAAGUACAGGAAACACAGAAAAAAAUUUUGAAAAUAUUCAAUCAUUGUUAAAGAAAUCUGUUUUUUUAUGUCAGCAAUUAAAAUUUGAAGAAAACAAAAGAAACAAAAAAGAUUCUCAGUCUACCUUUAAAAGGCUAUCUGCCCAUAUUACAUUAGAUUUACCCGAUUUACCUGAUGCUUUAAGAGAAACAGCAAAUAAAGUUGAAUCGAUAAUGACUCAAGCCAGACAAUCUACCAGCUCGUAA